AUUCUUAAAUCACACCGCAUCCAUCCCAAUUAGAAACUCGUCACAUUCUUAAAGUACCUACCUAAAAACGCCUGCUUAAUAAUCUUUAGUAUUUAGUUAGGUUUAAAUACUUCAAGUUACAUAACAAACCUGAUCGUCGGUCCAUAUGUCUCACCCAAAUUCGAGCUCGCCCGUAGGCUUCCAAUCUGCUAAUCUCUUCGAGUGGCUUUUCAGCAACCCGUUUGAGAAUGAGAGCGACUUCACAACUGCGCAGCAGCGGGUGCCAAGAGGGAGCAAUGAAGAAAAGCUUUUAAUCGACGAGGCAACUGAUAACAGUCUGAGCUCAUCUCAACUCCACAAAGAUGCGCUCAUUCUCGCCGCAGGAUUGCAAGCCAUCCACGGCUUGAACCCAAAUGAAGUUGUCGCUCUCCCACCGACGCCAACUUGCAAGAAACCAGAAAUUGCACCCCUGGUUCUGAUCCAAGUCCCCAAUUGCUUGCCCUUUGCAACUGCAUUUCUGGGGACUAUCGCGGCAGGACUUACCGCAACGCUGGUGUCGCCAGCAUUGACGAGCCACGAGCUUGCUUGGGUUCUGCAAAAUGCGCGACCAAAAGUCAUCAUUACCGCCACCGCUUGUCUAGGUGCGAUGAAAGAGGCCAUCUCUAAGCAGGAUGACAAGGCAGCGUUUGAAAACAUACCGGUCUACACCGUUGACGUGGGUGGUGACAAAUACCCUGCAGCGCCUACUACUACAUCGCAAAACGACUGGAGACAACUCCUCGCAUCUCCAACAGGUCACAAACUCAUCAAGCCCACGACUUUCGAUCCCAAGUCGCGCACGGCCCUGAUCCUGUGGUCAUCCGGCACAUCAGGCAAAUCCAAGGGCGUGAUGCUCUCCCACCACGCGCUCUGCUUCUCGCUCGCCUCCCUCUGGCACAACGCCGACUUCUACCUCGGCCGUCCGCAGCGCUGGCUCGGGUACGUCCCCUUCUACCACAUCUUCGGCCUCCUGAACGUCCUCCUCCUCGCCAUACCGACCCGGUCGACCGUGUACAGCAUGUCGGCGUUCAAGCUCGACGCCAUGCUCGCUGCCAUCCCGAAACGGCAGAUCACCUACCUCCACAUGGCGCCGCCGAUCGCGAUCAUGCUGGCGAAGUCUCCCCUCGUGGAGCCGUACGCGCGUCGCAAGGAUUUCGCAAGCGUCGCGGCUGCGGUUACGGGAGGCGCGCCCCUCGGGCACGCGGUGGUGCUGCAGGUGUACGACCGGUGUGGCUUCCGCAUCCGGCUUGGGUACGGAUUAACCGAGGCGGGCAGCGUGACGGUGCAAAGCGGAAUCAGCGCAGAAGAGAUGCGCUCUCAGAGCGAUGACACCGGCGGGCCGCAUUGGGGGGUGGAAGUGAAAAUCGUCGCGGAGGACUCUUCGGUCGCAUCUUCCAAGGCCGCGAAGGCUGGCGACGCUGGUGAGGUACUGAUACGCUCGCCUGGCCUAAUGCUAGGUUAUCUGCCCACCGGAGGUUAUGCCACGCAGACAGCCCCCGACAUGAGCUUGAGCGCGGACGCGCUUACGCCCGACGGAUGGUUUCGCACGGGCGACGUGGGGAUUAUUAACCCGGCCGGUAGCCUGCGCCUCAUCGACCGCAUCAAGGAGCUCAUCAAGGUCCGCGCAUACCAGGUCGCGCCCGCGGAGCUCGAGGCGAUCCUUUGCAGUUCCCCUGCCGUGGUAGACGCCGGAGUCGUCGGUAUCUACGACGAGGACCAGGCGACGGAGUGGCCACGCGCAUACGUAGUUGCCGCAGGGGAUAAAACGGAAAAGGAGCUUACGGCGCUAGCGUUCCAGCUGCGAGAUGUCGUGGAGAAGCAGACGGCGAAGUACAAGUGGCUAAAAGGCGGACUGGUGUUCGUUAAGGCGAUUCCUAAGUCGCCAAGCGGGAAGAUAUUGAGACGGAUAAUAAAACAAAGUGGAGUUGAGGGAUUCGAGGUCUCUGUGUAUAAGCCUAACCCGAGGGCUGCAAAAUUAUAGAAGGGAGACUUAUUGGCGACAGGCAGGUUACAGUUGUGUGUUGUGAGAUACUAAUAUAGCUAGGGUGGAAGUUUCAUUGAAUUUCAUAGAAGAUAUUGAAUUGUAUAGAAUAAUUGUGGAAGCAAACCACUGCAUUGGGUGCAUCCUAGGUAGUUAUUUCAAGCUCCG